AGCCCUGAAUUAUGGAUCAGGUCGACACAACGUUCUCAUGGGGUACUUACACUGAUAUUGAGAGGCUUCAACGAUAUAAAGAUAUGCUUGGGAUGACUCCUGAGGAAGUCGUAAAGAAUUUUACCUGACAUUUUCUGAUUCGCGACUAGUAAAGCGUAGAACAAGGGACCGCUAUAUUACCUGUCUAUCUAGUUUUUACCCUAUCUUUACAUUAGCACAAGAUGUUUUCCAGCGCAAAACGACGGCGUGUCGACCGAAGCUUUACCGAACGUUUCCGAGACACUUUUGAAGUUGUUACGUCUCGCGGAGCGUGUCUCUCUUUUUUACAACAACGACCGGAGAUCGAUAUCAGGGUGAGCGCAAACCAGGAGGGUCCUUCGACUGCUGCGUCAGACGCAUCGCAGCUAAAAUGCCCUUCAGGUUCUUCUUCAGUACUAGAAAUACCGUCUGCGGCGGAGGGGAUCAAAAGCCCCAGUGAUUAUAAAGGAGAUGGUGAUCGUAGUCCAUCACAUGCGAACAAUGAGGCAAACAGGAGCACAGGAAAUGUUGAACGCCCUUUGAAGCUCGAAGAUGAACUCACAAGGAGGACGUCUGCCAAGAGCAUAUUUCAAUCUGGUGAUACAUCAAGAAGUCGUGAAUGCAAACUUCUCGCCGAACAACAAGACGACCCGUUACAUACUGGUUGCACGGUAUGGGAGGCUGCCGAGUUGCUGGUCGACUUUCUGGUGCACGGUGACUUCUUUACGGAAUACUACUAUCCGCACAUAUUGGAGCUAGGCGCAGGAACGGGCGCGGUCGGACUUACUGCCGCAGCUGUCGUCCCAUGCGAAAAAGUCUUGCUCUCCGAUUUACCUAGUAUACAACCCCUUCUCGCACGCAAUGUUGCCCGCAACUCUUUUCUGCGGACCGAGUACGGGGUGCGGGCAAUCGCUGGUGUGCUCUGCUGGGGAAAGGAUGGACUUCUUCUGGACAAGACAGAUAAAAAAGAUUGUAGUAUGACUAGUCCUGUGCAGCUCAGCACUACCUCCAUCUGUUCCUCUAGUACGAGAGGAGACUCCUCUGGCAGCUGUGAAAGUGAUACCUCAGCUACUAGGACAUCAUCUCCAGAUUGUGCUGCGAUGGAAGAUGUGCAUGAUAAAAUUGAUUUUUCUAGUGCUUCUUGUAGCGGACAAAGAAGUGAGCCUAUAGAAACAGCUGCUCAUAUGGGUGCGUGCGUAGACUUCCACAGUCCGGCGUCUACUGUGGAAAGUCCAAGCGGGGCCAGUGCGGUCUUUCUGACUGCAGAGGAAGCCGAGGUAGCAAACGCGGUGAAGGCACGGCCCGACUUGUGUCUCUGCGCAGACCUAGUUUACAGUAUGCACCAUGUAGAUCUCUUGCUCGCGACGCUGGAAGACCUCUUUCGUCGAAACAACGACUUGUACGUUGUCUGGGCACAGAAUCCAAACCACGAUCCUUUAGCGUGGGGUAUGUGCAAGCGACAGUUGCGUGAAAGAUACGAGGUCACAAAUUUAUGGCCGGCAUUCGAGCAAGGACUAGGAAUAGCCUCCUCUCGCCAAAGCUCUAUUGGGAAGCGAGGAUGCUUUGAGAAAUAUUUUGACCGGGAUGUAAGCACAAGCGAUGGAAUCAGCUGCGGAGCAGCUGGCCACGACGAAACUAGUACUAGUUCGCUCGAUCUGCUCGGCAUUCGUAUCUCACCCGCAGAUGUGGAUCGGGUCGUGUGUGCGUAGAAGUUUAUGGAGUCUCUUCGAGAUAACCCUAGUAACUAUAACAGAACGUGUGUAAGUAAGACGGUUCGAGUACUUCAUCCGGCAUCUUGGCCUUGACCAAGGGUUUUCUGGUUUCUUGUUGUCUUUGAUCGACAUAUAUUUUGUCUCAUACUGCAAGGCGACCGCGGCCGACAAAUCUCCCCGUCCUAGUUUCUUCCCCAUAGCGUAUUGUGAACAUACAACGUAUCCAUACUAAGAAAGCGACUCGCGAGGACGACGUCACCGAGUCACUUAGCGACGGUUUUCCCGAAUCAUGUUUGAUAUCGCACGAAUGCGUGCUCACGAAGGCAUCUGC